UCUCGCUAGGCUGGUAGUGGCUCGUGCCUGCAAUUCCAAUAGUCGAGGUCUUAAAAAAAAAUAAUAAAUAAAUAAAUAAAAAAGGCAGCCCAGCUUAAGUUACACUGCAAACUGUAGACCCUUCUGGGCUACAGAAGAAAUAGUCUCAAAAACCUAGAACUUACCCAGGUGUGAAUUUUGGUUCACACCUAUAAUCCCAAUACUCAAGAAGCUGAAGCCGGAGGAUUUGAGGCCAGCUUGAGCAAUCUAAUGAGAUCCAGAAUAACCCGAGCUACACACUUAGAUGGUAUCCGAAAAGGUAAAAAUAAGUAAAUAAAUUCUCCAUCCAUCCUCUCUGUCAAUUUUGUUCCCCGCGAAACCAGAAAGACACCACCCUCUUCAAAGGGUUGUAAAAUUUAGAUUAAUUACAGCAAUACUGUUCAUCAAUUCAGAAAAAAAAAUUGGAGAUCAUAAAGUUCAUCCUCAGUUCCUGCCCCUACCCAAGUUUUAAAAGAUAAAAUGGAAUUAGGUUUAAAAAAAAAAAAAACAUACUAGAAAGUCUUUAGGAACCACUUCUGCCGGGAAUCAUGCUCACGCUCUUCGUUGCACCGACGGAGCCACAAACUUGAUGCAACUAGCAGCCUUGUUCCUGUGCGGCUCCGCCCCCUUGUAUUCCCUUAAAUGGCCAGUCAGCGCCGCCGGAGGUCGCUUUAGCGCCUGCGCCGUGCUUGACCGGGCGCAGGCGCCAAUAGAGAUUGGCGGGAUUGAAAACCAUGGCGUGGGUUCCAGCCGAGUCUGCGGUGGAAGAGUUGAUGCCACGGCUGUUGCCUGUGGACCCCUGUGACUUGACGGAAGGUUUUGAUCCCUCGGUACCCCCCAGGACGCCUCAGGAAUACCUGAGAAGAGUGCAGAUUGAAGCGGCGCAGUGUCCAGAUGUUGUGGUAGCCCAAAUUGACCCAAAGAAGUUGAAAAGGAAGCAAAGUGUGAAUGUCUCUCUUUCGGGAUGCCAGCCUGCCCCUGAAGGUUAUUUCCCCACACUUCAGUGGCAGCAGCAGCAAGUGGCACAUUUUUCAACUGUUCGACAGAGCGUGAACAAGCAUAGAAAUCACUGGAAAUCACAGCAAUUGGAUAGUAAUGUGACGAUGCCAAAAACUGAAGAUGAAGAAGGCUGGAAAAAAUUUUGUCUGGGUGAAAGGCUAUGUGCUGAAGGGCCUGUUGGACCAUCUACAAAUGAAAGCCCUGGGAUUGAUUAUGUUCAAAUUGGUUUUCCUCCCUUGCUCAGUAUUGUAAGCAGAAUGAAUCAGGCAACAAUUACUAGUGUCUUGGAAUAUCUGAGUAAUUGGUUUGGAGAAAGGGAUUUUACGCCAGAAUUGGGAAGAUGGUUUUAUGCUUUGUUGGCUUGUCUUGAAAAGCCUUUAUUACCUGAGGCUCACUCACUGAUUCGGCAGCUUGCAAGAAGAUGUUCGGAAGUGAGGCUCCUAGUGGGCAGUAAAGACGACGAAAGAGUUCCUGCGUUGAAUUUGCUCAUCUGCUUAGUUAGCAGAUAUUUUGACCAGCGUGAUUUAGCUGAUGAGCCAUCUUGAUAGAGCUCAUCUCCUGGGGAUGGAAGAUAGUUCUGUGGAGACAGCCUAAGUCUGAGGAAGCACAAUGCCAACCUGAGGACAAAGUGCAUCACUUCUUCAGUGUUACCUGAAGGUUUCAUCUUAAUCAGCAGCUCAGCCUGAUACUCAAAAUACAGACUUGAUUGGUUUGAGUGUGUGAAGUAUCUCCAAAGAAGCACGUCUGGUAUCUGAUGAACAGUUGGAGUAGUUUUCUUCAGUUGUGUACAUUGAAAAUAGAUCAAGUGUUACUUAUAUACUUAAGCAGCUUGCAUAAAAACUGAUGAAAUUUUGUACAGGUCCCUGGUGCUGUUUCAUUGUUUAUAAGUAUACAUACAUAUUUUUGUUGAAAUGUAUUUUGGCUAUUCAAAUUUCAUGUGACUCUUGAACAAAAUAAAAGACAGUGGAUGUCCUUAGAGUUGCAAUUCAUACAGAUGAAAUGGCACAUCUGUUCAUAGUCAACAAAAUGAAUCAGUUGUUCACAUUUAAACUCAAUAGUUUCAGUUUAAUUGCACCAUGAAAACUUUUUCUAGCAGAUCGUUUUCAGUAAUGUCCUAGUAAGCUGUACGUGAUAGUACACACUUGUAAUCCCAGCAUUUGGGGUUUUAGGCCAUUUUGGAAUGCAUAAUAAGACUCUACCUCAAAAAAACAAGGGACUGGAGAUGGAGUAGCAGUUAGCUCUUGCAGAGGACUUGGGUUCAGUUCCCAGCACCUAUAUAGCAACUGACAACAGUCUGAGACAUCAGUUCCAAAGGAUCUGACAUCUUCGGUCCUCCAGUUGCUGCCCUUUGUCCACUUCCUACUGGGGUAGCCAGGCACAGUGAGUGCAGUGCAGGCCCUCAGUCGGAGACAAGUGCUGUAGGUGAACAGCUUCAGAGAACUGGUUUGGUUUAUUGGAUGAAACGGGCUAUUUAUGGCCUUGGGAACAUAUCUAGGGUUUCUGAGGCAAGGUUUGUCUAGCUCUGUACCAUUGGCCAGGGCAGGGGCUUUGUAAGGUUUCAUGUGCAUACUCAGGCACUGUAAGACAGAGACAGACAGAUUGCUGUGAGUUCAAGGCCAGCCUGUUGUACAAAGCUAGUCUAGGAAAACCAAGCCUACACAGAGAAACAAAAACAAACCAAAAAUCCCAAAAAAGUUAUUACCCUGACAGUUAUAAGGCUUCACUCCUUGUUUGACCUUACAGUUUAAAAAAUUGGAUUUAAACUGAGCUCUUCGCUUCCUGGUUGUGGAUACAAUUCGACUAGCUGCUUCAAGCUCCUGUCUCCUUGACUUCCCUGGCAUGAUACCUUGGAUUAUAAACCAAACAAACUCUUCCUCUCUUAAAUUGCUUUUGUCAGGUGAAGAGCUGGGGGGGAAGGGGGUACAGAGAGCCAGGAGAAACCGCAGGCCUUGAUCACCAGAAUUGGAGUAAUUAGAGGUCUCAGUGUGAGAACCUGGUCCAAGUGCGCUAAUAUAUUUAUAAUUCACAGGCUAAGGAGUCUUGACUUCUAGGCCUACACAAAAGCCCUCACAUUCAUUGUUAAGGAAGGGCUAGGAUCCUGUUAACCUAGACCUGCCUGUAAGCUGUGAUGCCAGCUGCAGCCAAAGACUGAGGAAUCCCCACUUCCUACAACUCAGUAGCAGAAAACAGCUGGACUAAAAACAGCUAGGGUUGCAUGGACAUUUCACCAAAGAAGGAAUACAAAUGACCAUGUGAGUAUGAAAACAUGCUGAGUUUUGGAAUGCCCAACAUUGCAUAGAAAAAUACAAACAAAACCAGAAGAUAUUACUUAUAGCACUUAGGAUGGCCAUAUACUGAUAUGUGUGUGUCUGUCUUCCACAUAAAAUCUUAAACACAGACUCAAAGUCUCCGAGGCCUACGUAGGGCUGUAAACACUCUACAGAUGACCCCACUUCCUGUUCCCAUAUGCUGUUGCCAAGUUUGGGGAAAACAAAAGCUGCCAAAGACCAUUAAGAGCUUCUUGAGCUAGGGAGAUGGCUCAAUGGUGGAGAAUGCUUGCAGUUCCCAGAAUCUAUAUUAGCCAGCAGCAGCUAUCAUGAAAAACUCCAGCACCAGUGAUCCCAUGCCUUUCUUGCAGGCACAUCCCCUCAUGUACACAUACCUACAUGGACACCCAUAAUUUAGAAAGAAUUUAAAUUUAUUUUUAUGUACAUUUUCGUGUUCAGCAUAUAUACAUAUGUGUGUGAGGGAGUCGGAGCCACUGGAAUUUGAGGUACAGACCAGAGAGUUGUGAGCUGACAUGUGGGUGCUAGGAUUUGAACCAGGGUCCUCUGGAAGGGCAGCCAAUGCUCUUAACUGUGGAGCAGUCUCUCCAGCCCAAGAAUCUUUUUUUUUUAAGAUUUAUUUACUUAUUGUAUGCAAUUGCUCUACAUUCAUGUACACUUGCAUGCCAGAAGGAGGCAGCAGAUCACAUUAUAGAUGGUUAUGAGGUUGCUGGGAAUUGAACUCAGUACCUCUGGAAGACCAGCCAGUACUCUUAACCACUGAGCCAACUCUCCAGCCCCUGAAAGAAUCACUUUUUUAAAAUAUAUCUCAUCUAUUCAAAAUUUUCAUCUGAGUACAGCAAAAGGACCUAUGCCAGCUGUUUAGUGAAAAUGAAAAUAAUGCUUGUAAAUUGAAUAUGAGAUUGUAAAAAUAAAGCUAUUCUUGCCCUAGAAAACUUGAUUUUACAUAUUUACUGUACAAUGUGAACUUGGAUGAAGUUAUGCUAUUUUAAAUCUUAGCUGUUCAUCUAAAGCUUUAUACUUGUUAAAAAUACAUCUCUACUCUCUCUAUAAAUGAAAAAAAAAGAAAGAAAAUAAUGCUUGUAAUUUUUCCCCUUUUUGUUGUCCAUAGCAACUGGUUGUACUAAUUUACAUCCUAACAGUACACAAGAGAUCAAGGGAACCAAUAACUCGACAUUGUCAGCAAUAUUUGUUUCAUUUUAUACACACACACACACACACCCAUCAUACUAUAUACUGGCCAUCCUGUGCUGUGCAGUAUUACCUUCUGGUUUUGUUUGUGUUUUGCAAUGCAAUGUAAGGCAUUCCAUCACUGAGCAUGUUUUCAUACUCACUUGGUCUUUUGUAUUCCUUUUUUGGAGAAAUAUAUAUGCAAUCCUAGCUGUUUUCAAUAAGGCUAUUUUCUGCAACUGAGUUGCUCGAGCUGCCCCCCACCCCAUGGUUUGUUUUGUUUGUUUUUAUGUGCAUUGGUCUUUUGCUUGCAUGUGUCUGUGUGAGGUUGUCAGAUCCCUUGGAACUAGAGUCACAGGUAGGUGUGAGCUACAAUGGGAGUGAGAGUAGCCAAUGCUCUUAACCACAUCUCUCCAGUCCCAUAAGAACUCGUUUUAAGAAAAAAAAUAUUUUUGACCAUUUCUUACAUGUAUAUGUUAUAUUUUGAUCAUAUUCAUCCCACAUUCCUCUUAUCCUCCUCCCUUACCCUCCAGGACCCUUCUUCCCAACUCCACCUGCUUACUUAUGUCUCUUUUUAAACUACCCACUGAGUGGAAUUACAGUUGUUUCCACACACAUGGGUCCAGGUCAACUUACCAGUGGCCACAGCCCUACAAGUUGCAGAAGCUAUUUAUCUUUAGAUAUCUGCAAUAUCUUCAGCCUAUUCAGCUGCUUAUCUCUACCUAUCUUCAAGGCUUUGGCCAUGCAGCUUCUCCAGGCUGAUGUAGCUCUAUUUGUCUUUGUAAUCCUGUGCCCGGUGCUCAGGGUGUGAGAGCCAAGAAAUUAUUGCCAGGAUUAAUUUUAUGCUUUUCUCAUUCACUUCUAGCAAUUUUCAGGGUAAUUUUGUUUUGUUUUAGACAGGAUCUUUAUGUAGCCCACGAUUAAUGGGAACUUUUUAUUUGCUUUCUUUUUUGUUUGUUUGUUUGUUUUUCAGGACAGGGUUUCUCUGUGUGGCCCUGGCUGUCCUGGAACUCACUUUGUAGCCCAGGCUGGCCUUAAACUCACAGAAAUCCGCCUGCCUCUGUCUCCAGAGUCCUGGAAUUAAAGGUGUGUGCCACCACCACCAGGCUAAGGGAACUAUUUUGCAGCUUAGUAAUUCCCCUGCCUCCACAACCUGAGUGCUAGUACUGUGUGUACACUGCCAACAUGGCAUUUAUAUAUUCCUGGUGAUGGAAUUUAGAGCUUCAUGAAAA